AUGGAUGUAGGGACCAAUCGUGAAGUUGUUGAUGCAGCUUUUAAAGAGCAAGAACGUGGUAGACUAGCAUACAUCAUUAACCAGUGGAACGCCAAAAGACUAGACCUGUUUGAAGUCACCCAGCCAGACCAGGACCUCAAGUACCAUGGAGUUAUGAGGUUUUUUUGGGAAGACCAAGUUUCAGAGAAUAUUGCCACCAAAUGUGUACGUGUCAGCUGUGAGGACACUGCCCAGUCGGUCACAGAGACCCUGUUGGAGAAGUUUAGGCCAGACAUGAAGCUCAAGACCGACUCCUAUGCUCUACAUGAGGUCCACGUCAAUAAAGAUGAGAGGCGUCUGGGCCAAAAUGAGAAACCUCUGCUGGUUCAGCUCAGCUGGAUCCAACACAACUGUGAGGGCCGUUUUGUUCUGAAGAACAUCAAGACCACACCGCAGGUCUGAGUGCAGUUAUGCAUAGAAAAGAAAGAGAAAUCGGGAAUCAUCCAGAACUUCAAAAGGACGCUGUCCAAAAAAGAGAAAAAAGACAAGAAGAAAGACUUAUCUGGUUCUAAGGACAACAAAGAAAAGAAAGAGAAUGGACAAAAUACGAAGAAGUCCACACAGCAGAGCAGUGCAAAAUCUGAUGCUGAGAGGAAAAAGUCUGGGGGAGGACUGCAGGACAAGGGCAUUGUUUCUAAAGAAUGUGCUAUUACCAUGUUCAUCAUCCUCCACCUCCCCUUUCUCAGGCCUCCAGAAGAGGAGCCCCAGCCGGGUCACAGCAGGGAGGGCAGGGGCAGGCCGCCCAAAACAAAGAGAACGGGGAUAAUUACCAAGGGUGCCUUCUCAUCUUCCCCUGCCCUUAUUCUUGUCUCCUUCGCUCCUGUGCCCCCAGAUGAAGAGGCCUUCCUGGUUGCCAUAGUGAGCUACACCAACAGCUCCACGGUGCACUUCCCCCUGUCCCCGGCCUACGCCUUCUACCUCCUGGGACGCUCCUUACUCGUACGCCCUUACGACUGCACGGACCACAUCGCCACCAUUACCAACAAGAUGGUGGCCAUGAUACACACUGUGAUUGAGAAGCACAGGACCAUUGCUGUGUCCCUGGCCUUCUGGAUGGCCAAUGCAGCUGAGCUGCUGAACUUCCUGAGGCAGGACCGGGAGCUGAACCCUCUCACGCGGCCCGCCCAGAGCUCCCUGGCUCAGCUCAUACACCACGCCUUCAGAUACCUAUCCCAGCGUCUGCGUAAGGACCUUGAGAGACACAUGCCGUCCUUUUUGACUGACACCAAGGACCAAUCAGCAAAGUCCCCAGCAAUAGAGGGAGUGUUGAGUUGCCUGGUGCGGGCCAUGAGUCUACUGCGCAGGUGUCGGGUGAACGCCGCCUUCAGCAUCCAGCUCUUCUCUCAGCUGCUGCACUUCAUCAGCGCCUGGCUGCUCAACUGGCUGCUGGGGGGCUCUGGCUCUGGCUCUGGCUUGGGCACGGUGGCGCCUGGAUCUGCGUCUGCGUCUGCGGGCCUGAGGGCUCGUCUGCCGCGCUCGCCCCUCUGGCUGGAGACCCUGCGGCAGCGCCUCACCCUGGUCUCGGCCUGGGCAGAGAGGCAAGGCCUGGAGCUGGCAGCCGACUGCCAUCUGAGCAUGGCUAUGCAGGCCAUAACUCUCCUCAGCAUGAGUCCACACACCAUGCAGGACACCAGAAGGAUCCACGAGGCCUGCUUUAAACUCAACUCCCUACAGAUACGCACACUCAUGGCCAACCAGCCCACCAUACCAACGCACCUGAUUGACAACCUGGUUGCCCUGGCCGAGAGUACCACAGACGACCUGCUGCAGCGGGAGGGCUGGGAGGUCCAGCUGGAGGUGGAGGUUGACCUGCGGCUGCCCUUCCUGCUGCCCGAGGACGGCUACGCCUGCGACAACAUCCAGGGCAUCCCGCACGGCUUCCGGGACUUUCUGGAGCCUAUCUGCCACAAAGGCUUCUGCUCGCUGGUGUUUCACCCUUUCUCAGCCGGCUCCUGGACCAUCUUCUUCAGCAGGUCUUCAGACACCUCAUCCCCUGAUCCCCCGAGCCUGUGCUACAAAACGAAUGGCUCUGGACUGAUGAAACCGGAUGUGGCCAUGAUUGUUUUGAAGAAGCCAUUGCAUCGUGGACUUGGCCUCAGCAUUGUAGCGGCUAAGGGACCUGGACAAAACAAGCUUGGGAUUUUCAUCAGGUCUAUCGUGAAGGGUGGAACAGCACAUAUUGAUGGCCGACUGUCCACAGGAGACCAGCUUCUCAGUAUGAAUGGACAAAGUCUAGUGGGCCUCACGCAGGAGAAGGCAGCAGACAUCUUGUUGCACAGCAGCUCUGUGGUGAGCUUGGAGGUGGUGAAGUCAGCUGCCGUGUUCUACGGCCUUGAGGACGUGCUAAGCCAACCACCUCCUGUCAUAACCACAGCAGAGGCACCAGAGCGAAGUAGCCCCUGCAAGAAGCUGGUGGGCAUGAGGGGUACCCAGAAUGCAACGGUGCUGCAGAGGAACCGAUGGGAGUAUCGUUCCAACCCCAACCUCGCAUAUCACCAUUCUGCUGCUCAUGAGAUGUCAGUGGACCCGGUGACACCAGCCAACAAGAUCACAUCAGUCUCUACGGGUAACCUGCUGGAGGAGCAAAUGGUGCCCUCCUCUUCUCCUCCUCCGUCAGUGCCAGGAUGCCAGAGGGAGUAUCUCACCUUGCCUACGCCCAGAUCCCACAGCUCUAAAGAGCCAGAACCAACAACCCUCAGUAAAGGGCAUUCAGAGAGACCUGCUGCCAUAAACACUAUGAGACACGCUCGGUCACAGGAGAACUUGUGUGAGGAGAGACGGCUACCCUCCAUUCCAGACAGACCACCACAAGCGUGGAAAAGUCAGUGCGAUCUCGCCAAGCAGGAUGCAUCAUCAUCAGGUCAAUCCAUCGCCAUACCUGUGCAGCCAAGUUCAAACAUCAGAGCUGUCAACAAAGGUCCCCCGAGGGCCUCGAUGACCGGAGUCCUCAUGAAGACGUCCCAGCCCACGCGUAUCGACGUGCCCGCCUCCCCGUCCCACGGCCUCUCCUUCGUCACCUUCCGUCCUCCCCCGGGAGACCAAGGUCACGUCGUGUCCUCUCAGACUCUCAUCAGGACCCCUCCCCACCACCACCACAGUGGACCUCAGCCCCCGGCGGCCAGUCACAGGCAGCAACACCCGGGCCUGGCACAGUCUCCUCCAGCUCACGCCUGGCCCGCACUGCCUCGGCCUCACCUCGCCCCGGCUCUCUCUGCCCAACACAAGAGGCUCUCCGCCAGACCUCAGGCCCCAGGCCACAACGUGCCAGUUCUUAGCCCAUCAAAGGAAGCUCCAGGCCAGACCCCCUCCUCCUCCUCCUCCUCCUCCUCCUCCGCCACACAAGGCCUAAUUUCCCCAUCUGGAAGACAGACCACAGGCCUGAGCGUAGAGGCAGCCCCUGGCGGAGGUUUGAGACUGGACCCGUGGAGGCGCGAGGAGCAGGAGAGGCUCCAGAAGCAGUACCGACACCAGGCCGUUGGGGAGCUGGAGCAGGAGGUGCUACAGCUGCAGGGGAAGGUGCAGCGCACCCUGGAGGAGAGCGAGCGUCUGCGCAGGCUGUCGCUGGAGUGGCAGUUCCAGAGGAGGCUGCAGGAGUUCCAGCAGCAGCAAAGCGAGAGUGAGGAGGAGGGAGACGUGGACAUCAGAGAGCACGAGCGCAGACAGCAGGAGGAGAGAAAGAGCAUGGAGGCAAACACAAUGGAACAACACGUAGUCAUUCAGCAGGCCACUGAAGCUCAGACAGAAGAUUCCAAGGCGACAGCAGAGGUUAAAGGAGGAGGUGAUGUGGUGUCCCCAAACCAUAAGACUGUUAAUGGAAGCCAUGAAGGGGAAAUCCUCAGCCAAGUGAAGGCACCUGAGAAGCUGUCAUUCAAGGAGCGACAGAAGCUCUUCGCUCUGGCUGUGAGCUCCUGAUGAAAUCUCCUGUUUCUAGAGGCAGGAGACCAAGGGGAAGAUUCAAGAUUAAAGAUUAGUUUUAUUUGUCUCGCAGGAAAUUUGUCUCGGACAAUCACAAGGGGAAGGGGUACAACCAGGGCUGGACUGGGGGAGCAAUAGGGCCCGGAUACUAUUGGCUUAAAGGGGCCCCUCAUAAUUAGCCGUGCAGAACGGACGCACCAGUGUCACAAUGUUUUCUUUUUUUUGUGUGACAUUUCUGAAAAUAGGGAAACGCCCGCUAUCCCAGAUGGCCAGUCCAGCCCUGGGUACAACAGACAAAUGAGAUUUGGUGUCGUUUCACACUAUACAGUGAAGAUGUUAAUCUAACUAGCCAAACACACACUCUCUAAUGGGUCAAAGUGGCUGUUAAGUUGGUAUUUUCUACCAGUCAACCAGACAUUUCACAUUGGCCGGUUGGCUAGUGUUAAUUUAGAGCCCUGGAGAUACCACAUGUUUUGGAGUCUGGACAUCUGACUGCUGCUCUCUAUGAUCCACAUCAGACUUGCAACUGCCUCAGAGUUGCAGUUGGACUUAAAGUCUAACCAUGAAGUGUCCUUAAUGAUGUGCUGUAGCUACUGUUAAAUGUUGAAAACAGUAUGGGUUUAAUGAGCCAUGCCUACAAGAAUCAUAUCAUAUUUAGUUAUGACCUUAUUUAAAUUAUAGGCCAAUAAUAGUUUCAGUUGAGAAAGAAGAUGUGUCAUAUUGUUGAACAAUAUUGUUGCAUGUAGUUUGAAAUUUAGAUAGCAAUGUGUCAUGACUCAUAAGGUAAUGUAGACCAUGUAGUGAAGA